AUGGACCAUCGCCAACCCAAUGAUAUGGACGCCUGGAUUCUGGGCAGCGGCGUCCAGUCACUUGCAGCUGCCGUGUACUUAAUCGAAGAAGCCAAAAUACCACCCAACCGUGUGCAUAUCCUCGAAACCAUCGGCAAGGCCAGUGAAAGUACCGCGAACGCCGGCGACCCGGUCAAUGGCUAUGAAUAUCGGGGUGGCGCAGUGCCUGUAUUCAGUGGUGAUUGGAUUGAAGAUCUUCUUUGUAAAAUUCCCUCCCAGGCUCGGUCAGGGAAGACGGCUCUCGAUGAUAUUCUGGAGUUGUAUGAAGUGGGACCAUCUGACAGGACAUCGUAUACGCGUUUUCUAGCGGAAAAACCGGGUGGAAUCUCUCGCAUCAGCACCAAACAAGUCAGCCCAGGUUUCCGGGAUCGCAUGGAUUUGUCCAGACUGUCUGGGAGGACGGAAAAGUCGUUGGAACGAUCGCGCAUUUCUGAUCACUUCCAUGGGGGCUUCUUCAAGAGUGAGUACUGGUUGAUGAUUGCUACUACCGCAGCCGAAUUCCGCCGCUACGUCCGCCGCUUCAUGCAUAACAGCAACGGUCUGAACGACUUCCAUCCCCUAUACGAAGGCCGCGUCAACAUCCACCAGGCCGUCACAGUACCGAUCGCAGCCUUCCUCGAGUCUCGUGGCGUCGACUUUCAAUGCCACACAAUAGUCACCGACAUCAUCAUGGAUCCCCGCGAUGAAUGCCACCGGAUUUCAACCAUUGAAUGGAGGAAGGCGAAUGAACCCAAGAAGGGAGCAAUCAACCUCGCCCAGAAUGAUAUCGCCAUCGUUUCCCUGGGCAACAUCAUGUCCGGUGCCACGACAGGAACUAAUACAACGCCCCCGGAUCUAGAACUCAUUGAGAUUCAUAAGGACCUAGACGAAAACUGGCUGUUAUGGCUAGAAUUGUGCACGAAAAAUCCCAAAUUUGGAAACGCGUAUAACUUUUGUACACGCAUGUUGCAAUCCCGCCUCGAGGUAUUUACCGUCACCUUGAAAUCCCCGGAAUUUUUUAACCGGUUUGUUGCGCUCACGGGCGACCAGCCGGGGUCUGUGCCAUACGUGACAAUAAAAGACAGCGCUUGGCUGUUCAAUAUAAGUGUGCCACAGCAACCGUUCUUCCCAGAUCAACCGCCCGAGGUGCAGGUUUUCUGGGGUUAUGCGAUGCAUCCAGAGAAAACGGGCGAUUUCAUCAAGAAGCCCAUGAUCAAUUGCUCGGGGGAGGAAAUCAUGGCCGAGUUACUCCAUCAUCUAAAAUUCCCAUUGGAAACAAUCACCCGCGAUUCAAUUACAAUUCCAUGUAUUUUGCCGCGGAUGACAUCUAUGUUGCUGCCACGGGUGACUUCCGAUCGACCGCAGACUAUACCUGAGGCCAUGACAAAUAUGGGGGUGAUAGGGCAGUUUGUGGAGAUUCCGAAUGAGGUGGUGUGCUCGAUGGAUUAUGGUGUGAAGGGGGCGCAGAUGGUGGUGCGUCAGUUGAUGGGGUUACAGGAGCCAGUUAAGCCAAGCAAACCAAAGAAAAGCUCAGUGUUUGGUUUGUCUCGAUUCUUAAUGUUGUGA